CAUCUUUUAAUCAAAGUUCGUAGCUAAGCUAGGACGUGGAGUGCCUAAGUAACUUUCAUGGAUUCCCAUAAUCGAUCAAACAAUCAAACAUGUUACUACUCACUAACCGAGGAUUAGGAUGAAGUUGAUAGUUUUUGUUCUUCUUAUUCCUACAUUUUAGAAAUCCAGUGAAUCAAACAGGCCCUAGUUAGUCUGAACUGAGCUCCCGAAGUCGGCCGUAUAAACAGCCAAAAUUGGCAUCACGCACUUGUUCAGUAAUCCAGUCAGAGACCAGUCACACUUUCAGAAUUUUCCAUUUUGAGACACAGUCACACUUUCAGCUUCAGACAACAUAUUAAUUAUUUGGAACGUUUGGAUGGUUGGAUUGGGAGUGGCUACAAGACAGUCAAAAAAUUUAAAGGGUCAGUCGAUUUCCAAUUUUCUAUUUCAACCGUUGGAUCAAGAUCCAACGUCCACAACUUUAUCUUCAACCUCUGAGCAUGCACUGUUUCUCUUCAACCUCAAAUUUGACCCCUGAGCCGCCAGCUUCCACCGGCCCCCGCCCCCCGCGGCCGGCGGCGCUCCUGCGACCGCCUCGCCGCCCCGCCCUCCCCUGAACCACCUUGAAUCCUAAGAUAGAUAAUAGGGUGCUGACGGCGAGCCCCUUCCUUCUCUCCGACGAGGCCCUUCCUCCUCCGUCCUUCAUUCAAAAUCGACUGACUCGAAAUCAAAAUUCAGCUGACUGACAUGUAGCUAAAGCCCGUUGGAUUACAAUGCGUUGGCCCACAACAGUGGAAUUCUGUCUGGCGUAGCGGAGUUCUUAGGCGUCAAAUAGGUGGACAAACGACCACAAGCAGCUAUUUGGGCCAGCUGUUGCCACAACCCAUGUUAGCCCGUGUUUCUUUUUGCGAAAAAUGUAUUCUUCUUAAUAAGAUUUCAAAAUGUUGUCAAAAUAUCAGUUUUAAGAAGUGCACAAGAGAUUGUGGGAAAUGAAAGAUAUGUUCAUUCAUACAAACAAUUGUAUUCAUCUAUAAAAAAUCCAUGGAAUUUUUUUUAAAUUGUAUAUGUGAAAUAAAAUGUUCAUCACAUAUUUUAUUUUUUCACAUAUGGAGAAAAUUAUAUUCAGAUGUUUAAAGAGUUUUCAUAAUUUUUAAUGAACCGAAGAAAAAUAAUCAAAAGAGGAAAUAUGUAUAAAAUAAAUAUAAAACUGAUACAAAAAGGAAAAUUAGAAAAAAUAAAUACCACCUAAAAACAUGGGAAACAAGAAAAACAGAAAACUAGAGGAAAUUCCCAAAAAAUGAAAAGAAAAGAACAAAACAUAAAACUGACCGAACCAGGAGAUGUGCUAGACCCAAUUAUGCAUCCUCUUUUGUGUUAUGCCGACAUUUUAAUGGGCGUCGAAUAGGGUUUGUCAGCAUAGCCUGUGAACCUUGUUUUGGGUCACCUAGGCAAAUACAUAAACCCACAUCCUCGCUCGUACUUUUAUCCGAGUGUCAUCUUUGAGUCUUAUUUGAGGCUCGUUGCACUGGAUAGUUGGUUUCUUAACAGGAUUAAAAAGUUAUGGCGGUUUCUAUAAUGAAAAUCCAUGAGAAGGCUCGUUGCUUAAAAAUAUAUAUUAGAAAGACGUUGUAAAGAAUCAGUUUGGAAAUGGGUUUAAUGCUUUCAAGUCCUUGGAAAAAACCACUAUUUAGAACUUUGCCAAGUUGCACGUUACAGAGGCUAAAAUGACGCAAAGUAAAAUGUGUGAGCUCUAGGUUUGAACGGACGACGUCUCCCCUGCACAGACAGGAAAAUUGCACUCAAUUUCUAAAAUGCGCAACCCCAAUAGCCAAUCAGUACAAGGAUCUUCAUUCCUACGGAUAGUUACCUGUCAAGUGUGAAUGCCGUAGAACAAGAGCAUGGAGUACCAGGAACCGACAGAACCAGCGUACCUAAUAAGCAUCCUGGUUCAAGUCACAUACGGGGUCUCUCUGGUCAUGGUCAUGGCUUACGGGCCAAGGGGGUAACUCUCAAGGCCUCAGGUUUAUAAGUCAUUGCUUUCCAGUCUAAGGGGUCAGUCAAUUGGGGAAUUUCGUGGAGGACGAUCGCUUGGAGAAACUUUCCAGUCAAAUGUUCUGUCUUGCUUGUCGUCCCCUUAUAUGGUUCGUGCUUCGACCACGCUAUUCUAUCUUACGCGUAGCUAGCCUAUCUCCCGUAGCCCAGUCAUGCAUCCCCUUUGGUGCGCACUGCAAUCUUUGAAAUCUUCUACGCCCAUGUCUCCGAGCUGCUGGUUCCUCGCCUUCGCCUGGGUUUGGUGGCUACCACUGGUGCUCGUGGCGGCUGAGGAGCAGCAGGUGGAAGGCUGCUCGGCCAAGUGCGGCAACCUCACCAUCUCCCACCCGUUCUGGCUCACUGAUUGGGACACGGGAAGAUUAUGUGGUUCACCUGGACCGCCGGAAUUCGAGCUUACAUGCUAUAACAGCACUUAUCCACUUCUACCGAGCUCCGUGCCCAACAACGCCGGCUUUGCAAUCAUGGACAUGUCCUAUGAGGAACGCAACUUGCGCGUCGUUGAUCUGCGCAAGCUGCAAUUAUUACAUGACCCACCCAGCAUCUUCAACAGCUGCUUGCCGAUCUGGAACACCUCUGCCAAACUGGGCCGCCAGUUUAAGAUCUCCCCCGUCAACCUGGAACUCAUCUUGUACAACUGCACGGAGAAGGCCGCGGCGACGGCAUGCCGGGAAAAAGAACUGGUGCAGGCGAAGACGAUGAGGUGCGUGAACACGAGCAACACGUUUGUUCGCGCAGGAGUGCCAUACGACCGCACCGGGAACUACUCCGGCUAUGCUUUGGAGGGCUGCGAUCCAAUCGUCUUGCCGGUGCUGGGCUUGCCGUCUGGCAAGACGAACGCGAGCCACUACGAGCGGCUCAUCCAAAGUGGCUUCCUCCUGAAAUGGGAACUGCCCCCUCCUCAUCCUCCAGGGGACAGUAAAAGGACGAAAACAGUUUUCAUAGUAGUUGGAUCACUAGGCGCUGCUCUUGCACUAAUGGUGUUCGUCAUCUAUGUCUUGCACCAACGAAGGAGGAAGAAAAAAGCUAUGGGUUCAAAUGAGUUCAUGCGAAGUGGAUCUUCAAUGACGACAUACAGUAAAGACCUUGAGCUGGGUGGUUCUCCUCAUAUCUUCACUUUUGAGGAACUCGAAGUGGCUACUGAUGGAUUUAGUGCUUCAAGGGAGCUUGGUGAUGGUGGCUUUGGAACUGUUUAUAAAGGAAAACUCAAGGAUGGGAGAGUAGUUGCGGUGAAACGCCUUUACAAGAACAACUACAGACGGGUUGAGCAAUUCCUGAAUGAGGUUGACAUCCUAUCCCGCCUGCUCCACCAGAACCUUGUCAUCCUAUAUGGCUGCACGUCUCGGAUGAGCCGUGACCUUCUCCUGGUGUACGAGUUCAUCGCAAAUGGGACCGUCGCGGACCAUCUUCAUGGAUCCCGUUCGGCGGAACGAGGCCUCACAUGGCCUCUGAGGCUGAACAUUGCCAUAGAAACGGCUGAAGCACUGGCCUACCUCCAUGCAGUCGAGAUCAUACACAGGGAUGUGAAGACAACCAACAUAUUACUGGACAAUAACUUCCAUGUCAAAGUUGCAGACUUUGGGCUGUCACGCCUGUUCCCGCUCGAGGUCACCCAUGUCUCGACUGUUCCACAGGGCACACCGGGCUACGUCGACCCUGUGUACCACCAGUGCUACAAGCUGACCGACAAGAGCGACGUCUACAGCUUUGGUGUCGUGUUGGUGGAGCUGAUAUCCUCAAAGCCUGCUGUGGACAUGAGCAGGAGCCACAGUGAGAUCAACCUGGCCAACAUGGCUCUCAACAGGAUUCAGAACCAUGAAGUUGUUCAGCUGGUUGAUCCGGAGCUCGGCUAUGACACCGAUCCCGAAACGAAGAGGACGAUCGACCGCGUGGCCGAGGUGGCCUUCCAGUGCCUGCAGAUGGAGAGGGACCUGAGGCCGUCGAUCAAGGAGGUGGUGGAGAUCCUGACUUGCGUCAGGGACGGAGACUAUCAAUCUAAGAGCAUGAAAAAGAAGGCUUCUCAGAAAGAGGACGCGCACUUGCUCACGGAGGGCUUGCAGUUUUCGCCUGACACGGUCAUCCAUAGAUUCGAUAGCCAGUCAACUAACCACUCGGUAGCAUCGAAUGCUAGCGGGUUAUGAUGUGCUUUGUAUUGAUUCUGAAGAAAUAAGGCCGCCCUGUCGAUCGGAUGAGUUGUAUAUAGCAUAGAGUUUGCUAAUGAGGUGAUUCAUCUUACUAAUAAGUACAGGCUCAUGGUUGCAGUAACUCUGCAUUUCUGAGCUUGGCAAUGAUUCAAAUGGUAGGUGUAUGUACUAGGAGCAAAUUCCAGGAUAGGCACUGUAAUAUACAUAUAGUCAGUUCAAGUUGACGAAAAGAUUGAAUUCAGAAGUUGAACCGAUCAACAUUCAUAUUAUAAGUAAUCACACUGUA